AUGGCAAAGUCCCUGAGCAUCAAAUGGCAGCGCAUCAUCGCCUCAGACACCAUCAAGCGCUCGUCACAAGUCAUCGCCAUUGCAAACGACAAAGUGCACAUCUUCGGAGGCGAGAUCGUUCCUCGAGAGCCCGUCGGCAGCAACGUCUACGCUAAUCCCAAAAUAACACGUCUCCCAGGCCUUAAAGACUCCUCAACCACCACCCAACCCGCCUCACCCACCAGCCCCUGCCCCCGCGUCGGCUCCGCCAGCGCCACCAUCAACAACACCGCCUACCUCUUCUCCGGCCGCGGCGGCACCGCCAUGUCUCCCAUCUCAGAGCACGGCCUCAUCUGGUCCCUCAACCUCGACACCCUAACCUGGACCCCCCUUCGCUCCUCCGACCCCUCCGCCCCCUACCCCCCAGCCCGCAACUACCACACCCUCACCUCCAACAGCACCUCCACCCUCUACCUCCACGCCGGCUGCCCGGCCAGCGGCCGCCUCAGCGAUCUCUGGAGCUUCGGCAUCCCCGCGCGCCGCUGGACACAGCUCGCCUCCGCUCCCGACCCGCCGCGCGGUGGCACCUCUAUCGUGUACGCUGCGGGGAAGCUGUACCGACUCGGUGGGUUUGACGGGACGCGCGAGUUGGGCGGGUGCGUGGACGUGUACACGCCUGCGCCAGAUUCCUGGGAUACGCUGCCGUUCACAGACGUAGGGCCCGAAGCGCGUAGCGUGGCUGGGUUGGCGGCGGUGGAGGUAGUGGGGCGCGUGGUGUUGCUGAGUUUGUUUGGAGAGCGGGAUCCGAGUAGUUUGGGGUAUCAGGGGGCGGGGAAGAUGCUGGCGGAUGUGUGGGCGUAUGAUGUGGAGAGCGGAGUGUGGGCGGAGGUACUGCAGGAGGGGGACGGCCUGCCUGAGCCGCGAUCACUAGAGCAACGUCAUGAACAGCUGUUGGACAAGAAAUGCCUCAAUUGCCAUCGGCACAGAGGUCUCGUAUCCUUAUUUUUAAUAUUUUAUCGUGACCCGCAUCUGUGUCGAGUCCAUCCAUCCUCCCUCCAUAUCGGACUCCACAAGAAGCCGAUCUCCAAAGAGCGGGUAUAA